CCUCAUUAGAUAGCAUCCCAUGCAGUUUUGCGCCUCCGCCUCCGCUCACCAAACAGUCAUUGUAGGCUUUGGUGAGACUGGUACGCUGAACAGUAGACUGGUACCAGUAAUCAUACUACUCUACUACUAUUCUGCUCUUGUAUUCAGGCACAAGCACGAAGAGGACACCUUGGAAGCGGCAGAAGAAAGGCAACCUUGCUUGCAGUAACCAUCAUCAUUUGUUUCAUUAAUUUGUUGGCUCCUCAGUUUUGUGUUGGUUUGCUUAAGUUUGGUUCUGUUGCGUGGUCUCUACUAGCUAGCUAGUGACGAGAAGAGAGACAAGGAUCUGAACUGAUUUGACGAGGAUUACGGUGGUUGAGUUGAGUUACUUGCAGUGAGUGUGACUUUGGCUGAGUUGGCUGUGCUGUGCUGAGUUGACUUAGGCUUUGGCUUUGCGAACCUCGAUCUAUCGAUCUCUUCAAGACAAGGACAAGAAAGACGCUUACAAGACGAGACAAGACGAUCCAGGUCAUUUGUGAUUUGACUUAAGGUAAAGAGGAUCAGACAAGAUGGACUCUGAAGACAAUGGCACCCUGAAUACGGGAGAGACAGCUAGCAGCAACAGCAACACCAGCGGCGACACUCCCAACAACCCUGCUGCUGCUACUACGACUAGUGCUAGUGCUGCUCCAGCUGGUGCUAUUGGAAUGAAUGGCAAUGGCACUACGACUAUGCCUACUCGAUCUGCUAUUUCUACGACUACGACACGUACUACGACACGUACUACUGGUGGUGGUGAAAUGGUGGACGAUUCUCGUCGCUCCGUGGUCCACUUUGACGACACGACGAGCAUUCGCUACGAAGAAGCCAGUGAAACGGCCGAUCCCUAUUGCAUGCCCGUGGGCAGUCAACAAGGACUCACACAAGUCCGUCGUCGUUCGUCGAUGCGUGCGUCGAUUGGAGCCAAUCCGGUCCAAGGAGGAUCUCCUCAUGGACUGGGAUAUCACGAAAACUGUCCCGUUCACGGCACGCCGGAUGUCAAUAUGCGAGAUCCACUCAAUCCGUAUUGGACGUACUGUACCCAACGACUGCUCCAAUUCUUUUCCGACUUUGUCACAUUCUUUGCCCUGCAUGCUGUCAAGUACCCCAAGUAUUGGUUGUGCGCCAUUACACUCGCUUCCUUUACGCUCUUGACGGCUGGAUUCUUUACCGGAUUCAAAUUGGAGCUCGAUCUCGAUCAGAUCUUUACACCCAUUGGAAGUCGUCCUCAAUUUCACAAUCAAUGGAUUGUCUCCAGUGAAGGAUUCCCCGAAGAUACCCGUCAUGUCCAACUCAUUUUCCACGCUCACGGAUACAAUGUCUUGCAUGCUCCACAGGCGCGUCGUGUAUUGCAGGCAUUGGAUGUGAUUCGGACCCAAACACCCGGCUAUGCCGAAUUGUGUAAACAAGGCAUUUAUCAAAAUUUUGAUGACGAGUAUACCUGUCGGACCAUGAGUAUGAGUGGUUUCUGGCCCAAUCAUUCAUUGCCGGUAUUUGAUGACACGGUCGGUGAUGACGACGAUGCGUUGCGUGCCAUUAUCAGUGGCCGACAAUUCAAUGAUACGUCGCCCGUCGUUCACGAUUUGAUUGUCGGCAAUUACGUCCGGGAUCCUUCCACACGCAUUCUGGAAUCCGCCCAGAGUUAUAUGGUCCAAGUCUAUUUGCCCAACAAGGAUGACACCAAUUCGUUCGAGUCGAAUAUGCUCUCCAAUCUUGCCGAUUUAAGACAGCUGUGGAUGGACGAAGAUGCUGAUACGCCGUAUGAAGCCCGGACAUUCCUCACCGUCGAUAUGAUGACGGUCUAUGCCUUUCAACUCGAGUUGUUGCGGACCAUUUUCAACGACUUGUGGCUCGUCCCCAUUUGUCUCUUUUUAAUGGUCUCCUGUACCUGUCUCAUCUUUUAUCAACAUGGCGAUCGCGUCCAGUCGCGCAGCAUGUUGGGGUUGGCCAGUGUGGCCACCAUUUGCAUGUCGGUCUUUACUGGAUUUGGAAUCAUGUUUCUAUUCAAGAUACCCUACACGGCGGUUCAUCAAAUCUUGCCCUUUGUCAUUUUCGGAAUUGGACUCGAUGAUACCUUUAUCAUUACGGGAGCGUACUUUCGAACCGAUCCCAAUGAACCCAUUGAAGAUCGGAUCCGCAUUACCAUGCAAGAAGUCGGGCCUUCCAUUACCCUCACGACCGUCACGACCAUCUUUGCCUUUACGCUGGGACGCCUCACGUCCAGUUUGCCAGGAGUCCAUUGGUUGUGUGUUUACGCUGUGACGGUCAUUAUCUUCAUCUUCUUUUACCAAAUCACAUACUUUGUCGCAUUCUUGGUACUCGAUGAGCGUCGCCUUCAAGCCAAUCGACGUGAUUGUUGCUUUUGGCAGAUUGAAGAUCGAGAAGGAGACGAAGCCGAUACGGAUGAUGAUGAACCAGAGGCUGCCUUGGAACCCAGCAACAAUGCCAACGGGGAUUCGGCCACUACUGGUACCACCAUCUCCACCAUUCCCAGUGGCAGUGCCGUGAGCAUUCCCACUGCCAUGAACAGUCGCAGUGGUGCUGGCCGACGCACCAGUACUCGUCGACCCAGCGAUGCCAGCUCCAGCCGCGGUGUUCUGGAUCCCAUGGACGACAGUGACGUGUCGGCCCUCUUUGGCGGUACUCCCGUCAUGGAAGAUUGCAGUGUCCGUCUGGGAGAUUGUUUGGGCUGCAGUGCUCACAUUAUCGCCCAGCGCAGUUCCCAUUUCAUGGUCGAUCACAGUCGACGAUCCAUGGUCGAUCACAGUCGGCGAUCCAUGGUCGAUCACAGUCGACGAUCGGAUGUGGAUUUCAGUCGACGACGCACCAGUGGUAUGGGCACCAUGCCAGCCAUGGCCGAUGAGAGUAUCCGAAGUACCAUGAGCAUGAGUGUCAAGGAUGCGCGUGCGGCUGGAAUCAUCCCCAAGACCGUGGCGGACGAAGAAUACGAGCGCCGCCGCAUGCCCGUCCCAUUGAGAAUGAUGCGCUGGUACUCCAACUUCCUCAUGAGGCCGUAUGUCAAGAUUGCCGUGUUGGUCAUCUUUGCGGCCUUUUUCGGUCUCAACUGUUACAGUGCGACGCUCAUGAAGCAGCACUUUAACGUGGCCGAUUAUGUUGCCAAUGACUCCUACUUGAAGGGCGUCUUUACCAGCUUGGAAUUGUACUCGUCCAUCACCCGCCCCAUGGGAGUGUACUUUCGCGACAUUAAUCAGUCGGACCCGGACAUUCAAAUGCAGAUGAUCGAAUUUGUGAACCAAGUGGAAGAGCUGCCUCAGAUUGGAGGAAAGUCCAACUUGACUCUGGAAGAAGCAAUAGCAACGGAUACUCUUCGUCCUUUCUGCUGGGUUCGUGAUCUGCAAGAGAUCUUUGCCGAGGCCGAAAACCACCCAGACGAAUACAUUGCGAAUACGUUCAAGUCAUGGACGUUCAACGAGAGGCUUGACUUUUUGAUGACCAGCAAAGCCAUUGAAGCCAGGCUAUUCCGAGAAGUGUACGGUCAAGAUAUUGUUUUCGACGAGGAUGGAAACAUCAAGGCUUCCAGGUGCUACUUGUUCCUCCAGAAUUUGGAUCUCAAGUCUGUUACGGCUCAAAUGGACAUGCUCCUCGACCAGCGAAACGUCACGCAACGUCAGCCUCUCAACCAACUCCCGGAGCAUAGCGAGGAGUGGGCCAUGUUCAAUUUCGAAACGCUCUUUUUCUAUUGGGAAGCAUUUGUUGUUGCGGUGGAUGAAUUGGUCAUGACCAUUAUCAGUGGAGUCAUUGCGGUGACGGUCAUUGCGAUUAUUUUCAUUCCUCAUUGGUCGGCGGCUUUCUUCGUCUUCCCCAUUAUUAUGGUGCUCUACAUUGACAUGCUUGGUACCAUUCGCUUCUUUGGUCUGGACAUCAAUGGGUUGACCUACAUUUGUAUUGUGGUGGCCGUUGGGUUGUUGGUUGACUUCUUGAUGCACGUUCUCUUGCGAUUCUACGAAUCUCGUCCGGAUCAAAGCAGGGAAGAUCGAGUCAAGGAAACUCUUCAAACCAUGGGAGUCAGUAUUUUGGUCGGCGGUUUCACUACGUUCCUGGGUGUUGUGCCUUUGUGCUUGAGUGCCAUGGAAGUCUUCAAGACGGUCUUUUACUCCUUCUUUGCCAUGGUGUUUUUGGGUUUGACGCAUGGAUUGAUUGUCAUGCCUGUAAUUCUUUCCUACGUGGGACCCAAGAUGGCGGUCCGAGGGCACCACUUGGCACCCAAGCCUGACUUCCCGGUGAGUGAUCCACCACCACCUCCCCGCCGUGCCAGUCUUGUUAAACACAGCGCACGCAGAAGGUCAUCGACAACAGCAACUCGCCGUGAAGAAUCGCCGCCUCCAUCCGCACCCAUGACAAUGAGCGCCAUUAAGGAAGACCCCAGCAUGAACAAUAGCAUGAACAAUAGUGGCUGGGAUAGCAGCGCGUUGCUGGCCUGUGCAACAAACGAGGUCGAAUGUUAAAGGCUGCAUCGCACCGAUAUUUGCGGUUUGCUCCUCAAUUUGACCUUUGAGGUCGAAGGAGGAGUUUGAGCCUGUCUUUCUUUGAAUGUCUGUUGAACGAAUGUCGUCUCUUCGAGUUAGCGAAGAGAUUCACACACACGAGUUACAUGUUUCACGUUAAUUCUUCCCACAUAGCAGAAAUAGUUUUUGAUAUUGCGUUCUUGCAACCUAGCUAGCCAAGCGGGGAUGCGUACUGUUGUAUUUCACUGCUGGGUUGACUGGACUGGCCGUGUGGACCUGCAAGCGAAACGCCAGUGGCAGAUGACUUGUUGACAGGACAGGUUUGAUGUGAACCAACUGCGUUGCAGGCGAGCAGGACAAGGCCAAGCCUUUCAGGAUAUACCGUAGUCGUAGAACAGAUUGGCAGGACCAGCCACAGCCUUGGCUUGUGAAAAUGCUCCACAGAGACACCUCCAUGUACUUUUUUGGAGCGACACUUGAUGUCUCCGGAUUUGGAUGCCAUUCGACAAGGCACUUAUCUUCUCAUAGAGAUUGAAGGGUUCUCCUUGAAACAGAACUUUGGAUUGUCAAUCUUUCGUCAAUUUUGGACAGAGGUUGCGUCCGUCUAUCCCAUCUUUUGGAAACAGAUCAAAUACUUUCAUUCCGGUGUCACCUUCAAUUCACUCUUGUCCAUGGUACGGCAGUAUCUUCCAGAGCGAGUCCACAGGAAAUUUCAGAUGGGCUGCAUAUGCGAAAUGGGACGGCUCGAUCGUCUCUACCUGUUGCCAGAUAUGGAGCGUGCACAGGAACGGUUCUUUCGAGUGGCUGAUGGCUGCCUGUCUCGAAUUACGCUACGAACAAGUUGCCACGUUUACGCUCUAGUAGCGGCUAAAUUUGGUUUGGUUUCCGGUUUCCCAGUCAACUGCCUUUGCCUUGGAAACACCGCACUCUCUCUAGUCUACUUGUUUCAGUUUUGUUGAUAAUGCCAAAUGUAUGUGAUUUUGUCGUUUCAACCAGAGUCGAGUCGAGUAGGCUCGGGAAGAGGAGCCGCGGCUGAGGACCGACAUUUGGGGGGUCAAGCAAGCAAUAUUACGCCAGUCAUCUAGUCUAGCUAUUAACACCGUAAUUUACCAUUUGGGGAUAGCUCUUCGUUGACGCUUCGUGUUAGCUAGCUAGAAUACCUAGACUUUUGCUUUGGGUUCUCUAUGCCACGUCCGUUUUUGGGUCCCUCCAGUCAACUACUAGCUAGUACUGUAGACACGAUACCGUAUAACUAAAGUACAACCGUAGUCACAUGGUAGAGGGUAUCAUUCUACCUUUACCGUACCGUACAGUACCAGGUACCUGUACCGCAUCGCUAAGCUAAGUUUGGCAGUACGGUAUGGCAAUCGCAAUUAUGAUACGGUACGGUAAGCUUUGAGUUAUCACAAAUAUUAUUAUAUCAUACGUCUCUCGGAUCUCGCAUCUUGCGGGUUGUCGUAGCUUGUCACAAAGGAUUUAAUGGCACCGAGCCGCUGGGUGGGUGGAGAAAUCCAGUGCCAUCCAGUUCCAAUCACAAAGGUAUACCAGUAAACCUUGAUCAAGCCAGUGGUAAACCAUACCGCCCUAUGAAACGGUCAUUUGUUAUUCGAAGGGAAAUGACAUAACAGUGAUGGUAUUAAUUUAAAAAUAGCAGAACUGGUAUUUUAAAAUAGCGGUAGUAAACAGUGUUAAAAGACAGUGGUGAAAGAGCCGUUUAAAGAGUGACCAUUGAUUGGUGAAACAGGGGCCAGCAGUGCCAUUGAUUUUCUCCAUCCACAUUGGGUUGAGAGCGGCUUGGAUUCCGUCACUAACAAAUAACACGGAGACACGUCGGCCAGGCAUACUUUAGUUUUUUUAAUAGCUAAAUAAAUAUCGAUAAGACAUCAACUCAAACCGU